GCGGAUGUAGUGGUAAAGUGACAACAACGCUCACUUCCGCUUGGUUGAGGGGAGAGAGAGAGAGAGAGAGGUGGGAGGAACGAGGAACAAGCGAGCGAGCACGGAAGGAAGGAUCGGCGGCUGUAGUCGCCGUGGUGGUGUCCCUCUUGUCGUCUAGCUCCCUCAGCGUAGCCAGGAAAAAUGUUAGCUGCUGAUGAAUUUUCGCUGGCCGAUGCUCUACCAGAGAGUUCUCCUGCCAAGAAUUCCUCAGUGGGCAAUACGAAGCCACCUCAACAGCCCAGCCAGCCUCCACAAGCCUGGCCAACCUCCAGUCCCUGGAAUAACGCACCAAGUGCUCCUCCUGCAGCUCCAGCUGGUUUGCCUCCUAACUCAUCGACUUCCAACGUGCCUUUUGGACCGCCACCAACAGGAAUGUAUCCUUCCCUCCCACCUGGGGCACCAGUUCCUUUUCCUCCUCCUGGUUCUACUUGUCCUCCAGGUGCUCCAUAUCCACCCCCUGGUCCUGCCCCACCAGGGCAAUAUCCACCACCAAGCAUGCCCUUUCCAGAGAUGCCACGGCCAUAUGGGGGUCCCACCGAACCAGGGGCUCCCCCUGCUGCUGUUGGAGCAUGGGGAUCCAUGCCCACUGGAGGGUGGGGAGCCUCAGUUGGGGGACAGUAUCCUGCACCUAGCGUGCCAUAUCCACCUCCAGGGCCAUAUUCCACUCCCACUCAGACACCAGGGGCUGCUCCUACAGUGCCAUGGGGAGCUGUCCCCCCAGGACCGUGGGGACCUUCGCCUCCUUCCCCAUUUCCUCCACCAACAGGAUCCUAUCCAGCUCCAGGGUUGUACCCAACGCCACCUAAUCCUUACCAAGUGCCACCUGCGCCUGCUGGAGCACCAUCCAUACCUGGUGGCCCUCAUCCCUACCGUUGAACUUGUGGCAGGCUGAUGAGGUACUGCCUCCCUACCUAUUUACACAGAAAAGUUUUUAGUAAUCUUUUGGAGUUUUGAAGAGCCUACCUGUGUUCUGCCAGCCCAUUUGUGGUGUGAGGGAGCACUCCUCCAACGCUUAUUUUGUGUGAGAUGGAUUAGGAUAAACAAGUUGACUGCCCCAGCUCUCUAAUCCUUACUCUAGUCAAGAUUUUAUCAAGUGACAUUAGCCUAAUGAGUAAGGACUAACCCUGGAUCAAUACUACAACUGUUUCUUAAUUGCGGAUUUAGAGGAUUGACCUGAUUGACCGACCACAUCUUAAUUUAAAUAAUUUCAGUUAUCUGGAGAAGCUUCUGAAGAAAUGAGCUAGACACCUUUCAUCAAAUUGAAGAGAAGCAAAGAACAUUAAUUUAAAGCAGUUCUCAGUAUCGGACUUGAUUUGUUCUAUUUGAGAAACCUUUGAAGAGAUGAACAUUUGAUUGAUGCUUAGUUCAUACAACAGACAACCUUGGGGAGCAUCAGUUUGGCUUAGAUGUUCAGGUAGUUCAAAUAGAUAUUUCUGACAUGAAGUUUUCCAGCUCUUUUAGCCGCCAUAUUUGUUGUGAGCCAUCUAAAAAUAAUCUGCUUUUGAGUCUGAAGCUAAAACAUUUUGGCUUGAGUUUGAGCGAGCCUCAAAACCAUUCAAAAAGUUUUGUGUGCUUCACUUCUGCAAAGCAAAAUUUAUUUUAAAAAGUUCUUGCAAGAAGUGGUGGGAAUGUAAUCUGUAUAAUCUCUGGCAGCUCCAGAAUCUUUGAAAAUUAAUUUGGAAACUUUACUUUCAUGUGAACAUCUGGUCUCGGGAUAACAAACCAAACAGGAAAGUUUCUGAGGAUGUCUCUUAAUGCUCAUGAUUAGAUUAUUGCAAUGUAAUUAGUUAAAAUGUACUUGAUGAAUAUUGACAGUAGAUGCAACAAUUUAGAUGUACAGUUUUCUCACUUCAGUUUUGGGAUGAACACCAAAAAGCCAAUCCCUUGUGGAAUUUCCCAUGGAGGAAAUACGUUGGACUAAUUUAUCACAGUUCACAAAGAAUGCAACAUUUCAUCACUGUCUUACUGAUAAGUCCAUAUUCUAACAGUUGACAACUUCCUUCUGUGGUUUCCAGAAGUUUGCUUAACACAGGUGUCUAGCAUUUAUCAUGAAUUGGCUUAUUUCCAAGCUUUCUUUAGAAAAAAACAUUGCAGGAGAGAUUUUUAGGGAAUCCAUAUUCUUUCUAAGAAAUAAUGGACUAUCUUAAUUUAGUAAGAAUGGAUACAACUUAGGCAUGUGUCCUAUAGUGUUUGUGGAAAUAUUUAUUUCCUCAAAUCAAAUGAAUUUGAAAAGGCUCAUUGUCUUCCCCAUCCCUUCUUGUCCUAGUUUAGUAAGCAUUUCCCACCCCCCACCCACAUUGGUUCAUGUUAUCUUCCUGUCUCUCCUCAAUGGUCAGUUUCUCUUGAAGAAUAUUGCAUCUUCCCAUUAGCUUUAAACCACAGAAAUUUGUAUGGGUGAUGGGUUUAGCAUUCCAGUGAUCUUUGGCAAUAUCAGAUAAUUUAACUUAAUGGUGGGAACUGCAGCUUGGCAAGUUUCACAAGUAAGCUAAAUUAUUAGUUAUUUUCAGGUAGCAUUGAUUAAGAGCUCCAGUGCUAAUGAACUUUGAAGUGACAUCCCAUUUAACUUUGUAUUAUCUAAAGCAGUUAUUUGAGGAUAGGUGUGUUUUUCUUCAUUGUAGGGGCAUCCCAUUUUCUCAUUUUGAGUACACGGUUGAUAAACGUGUCUGUCUCUGAUGACAUCAUCUUCCUCUAUAUGUUCCAGCUUGCACUGCAUGGUUGGCUUUAAAAAGGAAUCCUCUAUAAUGUAGGAAUAUUAAAGCGAAAUAUUGAGACGUUUCGAUCGUGGAAAGAUACUAAGAAGCUUUGUCAGAAUUCCAGUUCAGAUUUGAAAAAUUUAGAUAUUUCCUAUGUUGGCUUACAGUGAGGGAGACUAAAUAUGACUGACAAUAAAAGUAUAUAAGUUUGUGAUACUUGGCAGAACACUCUUGAGGUGAAUGCAAUUAUAUGAAAUAAGAAAUGUGGAUCAAAAUAUAGAAUAGGUUAGUAUUAAUUCUUCUGUGUUCUGCCUACUCUAUAGAAAUAUUAAAUUUUACAAACCCCUGAAGAAUGCUGAAAGAUGCUUUGCAAAGUUUUUCUCCGAUGACAGAAUUUUUUUUUUUUUGCUAAAUCUUAAAAUCAAGCUCAUUGAAUAGAUUUGCCCUAAUACAUGUUGAUUUCUCCCCAUCCUAAAUCCAAAUGAUAAAGACACGAUUUUGUGUUACUAGCUAUCAGUGCAACCCCAAUACAAACCUACUCAGAAGGAAGUCCUAUUACCUUCAGUGACUUUUAUGUAAGCGGUUCUAGGGUUGCAGCUAUGUCAGACUGGGGCCCUGCUUAAACUAGAAGUAAAAGCAUUUCGGCAGGACUUCCUCCAUGUUAUAUCGGCUGGUGGGAUUGGCUGAGAUUCUGGGCCGUGCACCUGAGAAAGGUGGUCAGCCAUUGCUCCAAAUAAGGGAUUGUGGCAUAAGAAAACUAACUCAGCAUUUUAUAUAGUUAUAAAACUCUAAAUGUUACCUGUGCAUAUUAUUCAGAUUCUGCUGCGUAAGGGUUAGGAAGGCAGGAAAGACCCCAUUGAUAGGCCUGCAGCAGCAUUUGUGCUAUCCUUCAUUGCUGGAAGUUUUGCGAGCAGCUGCUUGCUUGAUUUUUCUUGUGCAUAAUUCCACAUUCAUUGCCUUGGCCCCCUUUCCACAAAAAUACUCCACAAACGCCUUUUCUGCCUACAAAAGACUCUGUCAGCCUUUAAUUUCCCUUUGAAGCAUCACUUAGAUGCUGGAGGCAAAGAGGGACUGUAAGAAACUGCAGAGGCAGCAAAACAAUGACAUGCAGCUGACACAGUUCUGUCCUUGUAUCGACAUUUGAGGCUAGCCUGUAAGUUGCAUAUGAGUGUGAUGACAGCAUCCUGUGCACGUUAUUUGCCUUUCCACGCCCCUAUAACCUUGCUGGAAAUCCUUUAGUGUAUUGUCCAAGAGAAUAUAUCUACGUAGGAAGAAAGGAGAAGAUACAAUCAGAUUUUAAAAACGUGCAAGCUCUGAUUCAAAACCCAACUAAAACAAAGCUUGCAAGUCUUGAUGGGGGUUCAGCAUCUCUGCUUAUCUUAUUCCUUCGUGUUAAGAAAUUUUUUCCUUGCCAUAUGGAGAUACUAUUCCUCCAACAAUGGAAGAAGACUCCCUUUCAGAAAGCAAUUGUAGUUUGACGCUGUGUAGUAAAACCUUUUUAACCCUUCUGUCUCAUGUGUGAGUGAUUUGGGGCAUGAUGCUUGUUAUGCAAUGAAAUUUGUAUUGUUUCUCUAUUGUGUUCCUUGUGAGCUAAAACUGCUGAGAAGUUUGGGGUGGGUUGUUUGGCUUGUGUUUCUGGGAUGUUUAUUUAACUGCUUUUGUUUAUGACAUGGAAUUAUUAAGCAAUCACACUUUUGAAGUAUAGACCAUAUCACCUGCUGCUGUAUUUUUUUCUUUAUAGAUGACAAAUAUUUGCUGUAUGAUGGUAGCGAAGAGGCUUUAAAUACAGGAUUUGAUAUUUUUUGAAAACGGUGUUACUUUUUGUAUACACUUACACAUUUAGCAUAUUUCAAGAUGACAUUGUACACACAGUAUACUUCAUAAAACUUUUAUUUCAACUACUUGCCUCUAUAACAAGGGCUUUUACUUACAAAGCAAUUUUAAUAUACUUUGUUGACACAUCACAAAAGAUUCUCGGUAAUUUAUUUUGAUUAGAUGCUAAGAGAAUUGUAAGAUCUUUACUACCCCUCUUACUUUAAUUCAUUAUGUUUCAGAGGGUAGAGGAGACAGAGAUGGAUAAUAAGAGCAUCCAAUUCAAAUUGACAAAUGCAGUUUUCCCAAUUCAGUAAAAGAUGUAACUUUGGACUAUAAAAUGGGGGAACACCAAAACAUUUGAAGCUGUUUUAGUUUUUGACAGCUC